UGGUAAGAAAAAUGUAGUUCUGUCAACACUGUCCGAUAGUGCAUUUUGAUCCCAAACAAAUAUUUGACAGCCACUGUAAUCAUACCAAUGACAGGUCGUUUUGACAUUUGAUUUUUCAUCCUCCACUUCGUCCAUAUUUCUUGAAGAUUUCUUUCAACUUUUCGUUUCUGCAAAAAGCGCGAGCGAAAAACGCAUUUCCACGAGACGCAGUGCUAAUUAAAUAUUUUUAUUUUUCAGCAAAUUGUACAUACAAACAUAUUUAUUAAAUAAUAUAUUUGUGGUUGAGUUGUGUAGUUGCCGGAGUGUUUGGAGUUGGAGCCAGAAGACGGACGCCUGAUUGGUUUGAAUAGCACUAUCUCGGCCAUCGGCCAUAUACAUUCUGUAUUGCCUGCAGGCUUGCUUGACUUCUUCGCUGCUGCCUACCUAGCUUACCCGUGUUCCCGUAUUCCCGUAGCUGUGUGUCUGUGGGUGCUUCGUUCGUCACUUCCAUUCGCAUUUUAUCGCUUUCGGCCAUUUAUAUUAGAGUUGACCGCUUUAUUUGCUAACCAAAUAUAAUAAUCAGAAAUUGUGCAAAACUCCGGACAAUCUGCUGUAGGAAGUGUGCGCACAUCGUAUUAACAGGGCAAUAAAACAAAAUUUGCCAGCAACAAUGGCCAAUAACAAUGCGCCAGGCCAUUAUAAAAGGAAUGGCGUUGGUGGCAACAUGAAUGCUGGGAACGUUGAUGGCGCCGGUACUGGGGUUGCAGUGAGCAACUUGAGCGACGUUUGCAAUUUCCUGCAGCCAACUACCCUGAACACGGCGCUUAAUUUGCCACCAGGCGCCUGCUCCUAUGAUCAUCUUGUCGAGAUGAUACGAGGUCUUGAUAUGCAGGACGAUGGUAUUAGAAUGAAUCAUAAGAUGAAGGCUAUUCGAUCGGACUUUUGCGCGCUGGUACACGACGAAAACAUGUUAUGUGAAUGUAUGGACUAUAUCAAUGACAAAGCUCUCGGCGAUGGUGAUAUGGCAUUGAAAUUUGCGAUGCUCUUCUCUUCGCACAACUUUGACCAACUGGCAAUGAAAGAUAUCAAAAUACGUAGUGCCAUGUUGAAGGUGCUCGAAGCAAACUAUCUUAAUGCCGAUACCUACCGCAUUCAUGAUAAAGAACGCCUCUACAAUUCCAUUACAUUAUUAGGCGAAUAUUAUAAUCGUGUCCGCCUGGCCGAUCAAUCGCCCAUCACAAUUUUAGGCGAAUCUUUGCUAAGCCUACUUAUUCGCGAAGUCAGCGCUUUAGAACCAAUUGAUGUGAAAUUGGCCAAGUUGAUACUCUCACAAAUCACCCUUAAUGGUGAUAUCAUUCGUAUAAAACAUAAAAACGAAUUGACGCAACUGCUUUAUCACAUAAGACGUAAUUUGAUUGAGCAGCCUGCGCUUAGUGCGACUGUUAAGGCAUUGCUGCUAAUGACACUUGAUCUGUACUAUAGUAACUUUACCAACUUGGGUGCACAGUUAGAACAGAUGUACACUAAAUAUCUAGUGCAGGAUGUUGAGGAUGAAGGCAACAACAAUGUUAAUGCUUGUAUGCAACCGCAAUCGUUGCCAGUAUUUAUGCCAGGUGUAGAACAGCAAACGCAACAGCAAUUGCAGAUGCUGCAGAAACAACAAACCUUAUCGCCAUUGCAACCGCGGGUACAGCCACUGGUGAAAACAAAUAGCUUUGUGCCGCAAGACCAAGAUUACUGUGCGCCAAAUGAGGCGACUGCCAACACUGUUUAUGAAAAUGGCGAUAGUGAAAAUGCCGCAAAUGACUCUUACGAUUCACAGCCAUCGACAAAGAAAUGGAGUGAACAAGUAUGCGAAGACUCGCUAUAUGAAAGUGAAUUUGGCAAUGACUUUAACAGUUAUGAACAAGACUUGAAAGAUGGUAGUGGCGGUGUAGGAGUAGGUGUUGACUCUGGUAUGCACGGUCGCUUGAGCAAUGGGCGCGACAAGUUGAAUGUUUCCGGCAAUAGUCGCUACAAUGAUGAAGAUUCUUUAAGCCGAAAUGCAAGGCGUGCCCAAAAGCCUCGCAAUUCACCACGCCCACUAAAACAGCAGCAACGCGAUGGUAAUGAGAGGGCUAGUGGGCAUGUAGAUCAGAAAUCACCGCAGGGUGAAGAGGAUGAUCAGACAAAACCACUACCUCGCUGGCAUGCACCGCGUUUCAAUCGGGAAAGUGAUCCCCAAAGCAACGAUGGGCCUCAGCGUAAUCAACAACGCCGUUACAGUGCUAGUUUUGACGAUGAUCAUAGUGUGCGCAGCGACGGUGGCAGCAUUCGACUGUAUAGCAUAAAUGAUCGUUUACGACACUCCCAAGAGAAGAUGGAACGUAGUGGCAGUAAUUUCAACUCUAUUGCCAAUUCGAACUGGGAUCGACAGUCGCAGCAUGCAGAUGAUCGCAGCGAGCGUUCGUAUAUAAGCAAUUAUGAACGUGGCAACAAUUACCGUCGCGGCAAUCGCCAUUUUAAUAAUCGUCAGAACUGNCUUCCACGUCCAGGCAAAUCACGACACUUCGAUGACGCAGACGAGAGUGCUAACAAUGCACCACCGUAUCGCCGUAGUCAAAGUCCCUCAACGCAUAGGCAAAAUCAGCAGCGCACACGCAACUUUAACGCACGCUAUAGUAGCCAGAGCAGUUUGGCUAGCGAAGCGUCAGGCACAUUUGACCGACGUCAGCGUAACCGUAACUUUGGCCGGCAGUCGCAACAGCGGCAAGACCGCUGGGAAGAUACGCACAAUGUGCAAGCUCAGCCCGAGGACAAUUCGUGGGAUACGAAAAAUGAGAAUAGCGAACUGGUGCGUAAUGCACGCCAAACUCCCAAGUAUAUGAACUAUUUGUCUUCGAAGAAGUGAGAUACAGCCUGUGCAGCUGAGUCAACUGACAAUGAUCAGCGGUAGCGUUUGGUGCGAAUUCAACAUUAACAUAAACAACGUAGAAAUAGCACACAAAUGGGCACCAAACAAAAAGAACAACGACAAAAAUAAUGUGUCAACAAGUGAGCCAAUUGAGUUACUUAUCUACUUCAUUUAUAUUAUUGUAAUGUCUGUUCUGACUUUGCUUAUACUUCUAUUUCUUAAGUUUGAUUAAUGUAUGAAGCGUAGUUUGGUUUUUCUUACAUUUUAUAUUUGCUUUUAAACAAACACGGUUUGUGUGAGAAAGAACAAUCACCGAUGAAGCAAUUUGUUUAGAAGCAAAUGCAGCAGUUUGUAGGGCAUAUUAUGUGGCUUGUGCGGUUAAGUAUUCUAAUUUGCUAUUUAAAUUUGUAUUAUUUUCUACAACUUCAUAUGCGUAUAAUUCGAUUUUAAUAGAAUUUAUUAAUUGGAAAGAUAAAAGAAUUACAAAUUUUAAAAAAUAAA